CAUAGCAGAGUCGGAGGACGCCGUCGCCGGCGCUGUUGUCCUCUCACCGUCGCGACACCUCCCGCCGUUCGCAGCUGCGCCGUUUCCGCCGGAGAUCAUGGUGGACAGCAACGACGAAUACUACUUCAAGAACUUCAUCGACACGUCGUCAGAAGAGGAGUCCGACGACGAUUUUUUCACGGAUGCUGCGCUGCUCAUCCACGAGCACAUUGUCUCGCAAAUCCCCGUGUUCCGGGGGUCGUUGCCGGGGCGCGCGGCCGCCUUGGACCGCAAAAGAGAACGCGGCCACGACCAGCUCUACAACGACUACUUCCAACCCACUCCAUUGUUCGUGCCGUCCUUGUUUCGCCGUCGUUUUCGGAUGACCAGGCCGCUGUUCCGCCGGAUAAUGGAUGGCGUCAAGAUCUACGACGACUACUUCUGUGCGAAAGUGGAUGCAAUUGGCAAGGUAGGCCUCUCUUCGUACCAGAAAUGCACGGCAGCGAUUAGGAUGCUCGCAUAUGGCGUUGCCGGUGAUUUCGUAGAUGAGUACACGCGCAUGAGUGAGUCAACCGGCUUGGAAUCGAUGUACAGGUUCUCGCAGAGCGCUGAUCGGUUCGUUCGGAGAACAACAUAG